AAAGUCAAAGUCAACUUAUUAUUGAAUGUGAAUGAAUUCACUUGCAAAUGCGCGUAGUUACGUAAAAUAUUUGUAUUUUAAUUUUAAGUGUAAUUGGAACACCACUUAGCUGGUGUGGAUUUUUUAGAAAUUAAAUAAAUAUAAGUGCAAUGCAGGCACUCAAAGCCAUAGGAGCUGCGGCUCCGUCUACGGUUUUAUCCGUUUUAAAGAAAGGAGCCUUUACACCAAUUAUAGAUCAAGUACGCCAAACCCAUUUACCAGCUCCAGACCCAUCAGAGAAAAGACCGUAUUCGCCUUUUCAAAAAACAUCGAACAUGGCAGAGUAUGCUGUCGCUAGGUUGGAUGAUUUACUGAAUUGGGGUAGGAAGGGAUCAAUGUGGCCCAUGACUUUUGGAUUGGCUUGCUGUGCUGUAGAGAUGAUGCACAUCGCCGCGCCACGCUACGACAUGGACAGAUAUGGUGUAGUAUUCCGAGCAUCGCCUCGCCAGUCUGAUGUGAUGAUAGUAGCUGGAACCUUAACAAACAAAAUGGCCCCAGCUUUGAGGAAAGUUUACGAUCAAAUGCCUGACCCAAGAUGGGUGAUCUCCAUGGGCAGCUGUGCUAAUGGUGGUGGAUACUAUCAUUACUCAUACUCUGUUGUGAGGGGCUGUGACCGCAUUGUACCAGUAGACAUCUAUGUGCCAGGUUGCCCACCUACUGCAGAAGCUCUGCUGUAUGGUAUACUCCAGUUACAAAAGAAAGUUAAAAGAAUGAAAACUGUCCAGAUCUGGUACAGAAAGUAAACUUCUAAAACUCUACCUUGACUUCAGUGUAAUUUAUUGUUACAGUAAAUAUAAUCAUAGUAGAAACAUCUUUUAUUUUAUAUCACCUUUAAAAUCAUUUUUUUUAAUGAAAUAGUCAAAUCAUAUAACAGUGUAUUAAAGAAUUAUAGCUAUAAAAAUUAUAGUUUGUA